AUGUCUGGCCGAUUAGCUUUCGAGGCUGGUCGUAGCACUACUGUCCCUGGGGAUAUUGUAUUCUACACCGGCACGAACGAUGCUUCUGGCUCCCUUUGUGUCUCAACAGCAGACGUGUGCGACGGGUCUCCCGGCGAUGUUGUGAUUCAGACAGGAGCUUCGCCAAAUAGUGGUGCCAUAUCUAUGGAGACUGGUGGCGCUGUUGAUGCUACUUCAGGUGCUAUUACUUUUGAUGUGGGUUCGACGUACUGUCGAGAAGGAGCCGAUGUCAUCCUUCAACCUGGCGCUGGCAUCCCAGGCGGUAGUACUAUGCUCCAUGGCGGCCGCGGAUGGUGUACCGAUUCAGCUUGCGAUGGCGGCGGUGGUGUCAUCGCACGCGGCGCCGGUGCCAUCACUUCUGGCGACGGCGGAUCCCUAGAUUUGCGCGGUGGUGAUGCAGAGUUCACGGUCGGUUCUGCUAUCGUUUCCAUUUCUGGUGCUGGGCUUGAUCAAAGCGGCAGUGUUGUUAUUGAGACGCAUGAUUCUGGUUCUUGUGGUGUGAGUGGUGCUGUGACGGUGGCGACUGGUAAUUCAUUACAAAAGGAUUCGGGAUCGGUUAGCAUGUCUACUGGAUCGACCUCCAAGCAAAGCGGUGGGCGCAUUGAUAUAGCCUGCGGUCUAAGUGGCGGAGGCACUGCGGCACACGUUCGCAUAGAAGCAGGUGGGAGCUUAGCUGCAAAUGGUACCAUCACGGCUCUCAAAACAGGAAGCAGCACCUGUGGCUGCACAGGCAGAUGUCAUAUCAUAGCGCCCAGUUCCCCCUGUCGUGAGCCUGUCACAGUAGCAACUACUCGCUCUGGAAGCGGCGCUACUCGAAGUGGUAAUGUUGCCCUGCGAAGCGGGACCGCGGCUCGGAGAGACUCCUCGUCAGUUCGCAUCAGUAGCGGCAUUGCGGAUGUAGCCGCGUGUGUCCUCUUAGAGGCAGGCAAAGGCAAAUUGGCGGGUGGCCGUGUCGAGCUUGCCGCCCAACAAAACAGUGCUGGACAUAUUUCCUGUUCAGCUGGUGGUGGAGUCGCAUCAGGAGGGCUCGCUGCCAUCACGGCAUCAGCUGGUUCUGCCUCGACAUCGCGUGGCGGUACUGCUUGUUUGGUCGGGGGCUGUGGCCGUACUUUGGGGGGUGCUGUUGCCUUCAAAGGUAGUACUUCUACGGUAGAAAAUGGAGGUGCGUGUGUUGUGACAUCGAGAUAUGCGCUCAUGGAUGGUCAUGGCGGAGAUGUCUGCGCUGCCAGCGGUGCAACAACCACGGGAUGUGUCGGAAACACUGCCCUGCAAUCCGGCGACGGAACGGCAACUGCGCGUGCAGGUGGCGCAGCAGUCCGUGCGGGCACGAGUUCGAUUGGCAACGGAAUUGCGGUUGCCAUUGCAGCCGGUACAGGCAUGAUGACAGGUGGGAGUCUUAACAUCUUUGGUGGCGUUGGGCGCUCACGGGACGCAGCGUCGGGUGGUGACGGCGGUUUAAUCCGGAUCAUUGGGGGGGGGGGCUUUGGCAUUGCUGACGGUGAUGUUGGCGGCUCUGUCUUUGUCUCAGGCGGUUGCGCUGCAACCGGUCGUGGUGGUCUAGUUGCGAUCGGCGCCGGUGAUACAACCCACGGUGACAGUGGCGGUGGCACUAGCGUGGCGACAGUGCCAGCCAGCGAAGCCAGCGGUGACGUUGUUGCGCUGUCUGGCCUCAGCUGUGGAGCCCCGAGCGGCUCAGUUGUGGUGGGAACGGGGGUAUCUCUGGGCGGCGCUAGUGGUGGGAUAAAUGCUGGUUGUGGCGCCGCUUCUUGUUUUGACGGGGGCGAAAUGAGCAUUGAAGGGGGUUGUGCUGCUGCCUGGGCCUGCAGCGGCGGCUCGGUGUUGAUAGUAGCGGGUAGUGGCACCAGCCCUCACGGCAACGACGGUGGCGAUGGUGGGACAGUCAGCGUCCUCGGUGGCCACGCGCUCGGUGGGGGUGCAUUGGAUGCGGGUGGUGCCGUUGUCGCCUGCG